GUGAUGCGUAUGCAGACGUGGUGAUAAAGGCUCACGCCGUCGAACAGUACGACAUGUACACGACUUUACAUCCGCUGGUGCGUUUCGCUUCCUACAUUGAUGGCACAGCGCUUGGCGUCAACAGCAAUUGCAAGCAGAGGGUGAUUGACCAGGCGGUGGAUGCUACAAAAGGCUUCUUCAAGGUUGCACGGGCAUUAGGGGCCAGCAUCAACGAGAAGCUUGCCAUCAUUGCGAGCACCAAAGCCAUAAGUGAUGAAGUCAGUCGCCGACUUCACCUUGAUUUGAAGAUCAGCUUGAAGAGUACGGCGUAUCUGGGCACCGACGUUUCUGGAGGCAGGGCUCGGAAUGUCAAAGGUACGCGCGGGAAGUUUCGGGCAAGACAGAAUGCGUAUGGCAGAAGGCUGAGGAAGCUACGGAAGUUCAAGAAGGUGCUCGCUGGCAAAAAGACGGAGAGAAUUGGGAAGAUCUACCGUGUUGGUGCGAGGCCUGCAUACACGUUCGGGGUGGAGGUCAACGGGGUCAACGACGUGGAGCUACUGCAGUUAAGGCGGGAGUACAACAAGCACGUUAAGCCCAACCACGGCGGCACCUCCGCGAGCGCGAAGCUGGUGCUGCUAGGCCUGAUACCGCAGCUGUUCCACUUGAAUUGCUGGAAGCUUGGUGGAGAAGGGCAGUUACCGAACCUGGAGAAGUCAAGCAGUGGAGUAAAACACGUGGUCCCCUUCAGCGUGCAGCACUCUCAGUACAACGAGCUGGGUGGCAAACGCGUACAGGGUGCCUCUGGAUCAACCAUCGAGGCGAUGAGGAAGUUCAACAAAUACCAGACAUUCUGUAUCAUGAACUGCGCAUGUGAUGGAGUAUGGACACGUCAAAAAGCGAAGGAGAAAGGAUACCUAACGGACGGCAAGUGCGAGUGUGGGGACGAGGACACUCUGGUGCAUAGGCUGGCGGAGUGCACUCGUCCAGAAGUCGUGGAAGCACGACAUGAAGCUGGAAUCCCCGAGUCGUUCCUUCAGGAGCUACGCCAAGCGCCAGAUGAUCGCGUCGUCACCCAAGGGGCUUUCGCAUAUCCUGAGUGGGAAAUUCCUGAAAUGCAACUAGGCACUGGCAGCGUGAUUCUCGACGGUGAUGGCAACGAUUUCGAUUGCACGCCCGAGACCAUGGCCGCGACAGUGCUGGCUGAGACGGAUUUGGAGAUGGAGCUUUCUUUCGACGGGGGCUGCACGAAGCCAGAUAUCCUGGAGCUACAACGCGCUGGAUGGGCUAUCGCUUUAAUGGAUCCACAUUCGGACAAAGUACUAUGUACGAUGCACGCACCAGUGCCAGCUUCGCUUCCGCAAUCCUCGGCGAUGGCAGAGUAUUUAGCCUACGCGUACACAGGACAGGCGGCAGACCGACCUACCAACGGAUACGCGGACUUCAUGGGCACGGUCAGACUGGCGGCCCUCACGCACGAGCAGCAGUUACGGUCCAAGUCGGCAUACGCGUGCGUGGCCAUGUUUGCUCAGAGCCUUCCUGGAUCCCAUUUCCUCCGCAGCGUGACGCACGUGAAGGCACACCGUUCGGGAGCGGAGUAUGCUGGCCUGGAUGUGGCCACAAGGAGGAUCACAGAUGCCAAUGUCUAUGCGGACGUUCGAGCCAAAGCUGGUGCGGCGAUGCAUGCAACCAUCAGCGAGGAUUUCGCGAUGGCUAUCGACACGGCCACUGUGAGGAUCAAACAUUUCGCGCAGUUGGUAGCGGCCGUGCUACCCUUGUUUGAUCGUGAUGGGCAAGAGCGAUGGACAAGGCGAGCUGCCCAAGUCAAGAGGGUAAGGAGUACGCGCACCGAUGGAUGGCACCAGUGGGAGGAAGGAAGUUUCGGUCUUCAAUGCAAGGCGUGCUUGAAGCUCAACAGCCCAGGGAUGGAAGUUAUGCUCAAUGGCUGCGCUGGCACCCCUACCUUCCUCAAGGCUUUCCUCAACCAACCACUCGGACAUCACCUCGUGGCGGUGAACCAGAAGGGUGACGGGCUCAGCGACGACGCGGUGCCCACGGUCUUUGUCUGCGUAGGCUGCGGUGCAUGGGCACAACAACGUCGACGGCAGAAACUCCGAAGGCAGUGCAAGCCACCAACCAGACAAGGCAUAGAAGUUCUGACGAAUCUACGGCGGGGCUUAGGCCCACACAAGACGCUGGCGAGGCACAUGGACUUGACGAUCCCCCUGUGCAAGCUCAUGCCCAUGACCCUGCCCCCGCUGGUCUCGAAGACCUGUGUCAGCCGACCUGUGGCGCUGGCGGAGGUCACGGGGUACGAGCACAAGAUGGCAGCAAUGAUGGAAAGGAUAAAGGCAAAGGAAAAGGCAAAGCGCGAGCAGGACGAUGACAACAACACGAUACUCGCGCGCCCGGGGCACAUCAGUGUCGCCAAGUCAAUGGAAUGCCCCCCGUGGUACAACAGCAUGGCGAUCACCUACCCGCAGCCGCUGAAGACGGAGUCGGUGAUGAUGACGGUGCACGCUGCAGCCAAGACGGAAAGGAGGCAGGAGCAGGGCCUCAUCCGAGCAGCGAAGGUGGAAAGGAGGCAGGAGCAGGGCCUCAACCACAUGACGGAGACGUCGGUCUCGCCAGGGACCGCGUCGGAAAGGGGGCAGGAGCAGGGCCCCAGCCGAGCGGUCGCGGCGGAAAGGAGGCGGGAGCAGGGCCUCAACCGCAUGAUGGAGGUGCGCAGCAGAGAGGACGAGCAAG